AUGAAAAUAAAGCCUGAAAGUUGUCAUAGUCAUACAGCUCACGAUUCCAACCUUUCACUUCAAGUCAGUGCUGACAAUCAAUUUUCGAUCGAUGUUUUGAAAACUUUACUAUUAUCAGAUAUAAAGGGCGAGGAAAAAAAUUUAAUACUUUCGCCGGUCAUUGCUUCUCAGGUUCUUUCAAUGCUUCUAUUAGGAUCUAAAGGCAUAACUUUCACUCAGUUAGCGCAUACUUUGCAUUACGAUAAAAUUUUGAAGGACACCUCUCAGCUGACUCCCAAAAAUCAGGAAACGCUUCACGAAACUAUCAAAGAAAUGAGUAACGCUUUAACCAAAUUGUCGUCCAAGAAUGUCACCCUAGAUAUUGGGAAUGGAUUAUACCCCGAUAAUCUGUUCCCACUUGAUUCUAAUUAUGUGAAAAUCAUCAAAGAACUCUUGGACCAAUUUAUCAAAAAUUUAACCCAAGAAAAGUUGGAUUGGCUUGUAAAAGAAUUGCGCUUGGAACAACAAAUCAGGGUGACUAUUCCCGUAUUUAAGGUCAGCUACGAGGCAGCGCUCAAAGAAACCUUGCAAGCCCUGGGAUCGGUGGACGUAUUUGGAGUAAAUGCGGAUCUCUCAGGUAUUACGAAUGCUUCAGGUGUGGGGCAAAACCUUUACUUGAACCAGAUGUAUCAUAAGGCGUUUAUAGAAGUCAACGAGGAAGGAAGCGAGGCGGCUGCCGCUUCAGGAGCUGUAGUUGGUGUCCGAUCGAUACAAAUACCUUUACAAUUUUUGGCUGACAGACCUUUCCUAUAUUUUAUAAUUAAUAUGGAUAACGGCAGCAUGCUUUUCGUAGGCACAUUUAUCAUACCUGGGUAA